AUGUGGGGACCGCGGGCGGAGGGCGUGAUCAGCCGAGAUGUGGGGACCGCGGACAGAAGGGUGAUCAGCCGAGAGGAGGCGGCCCCGCGUUCGCCGGUGAACAUUCGUGUCCUGCUGGGCGGCGGGGACCAGGGAGCCGCAGGCGGGGAGCGAUCUCUGCUGCCAUCUGGUGACGCUGAGAGCGCGGGGCCCACGAGGCCGCAGAAGCAGAAGGAAGCACACGCCCCUCUGCUCUGGGAGAUUAAGAUGCUCCGGGGACCGUGCGACAUUCCCAGUUUCGCCAAUGCCGCAGGGCUGUUAUCCUGCAGCCCUGGGCAGACAGAACCCCGGGCAGACAGGACCUGGGUCAUCAUAGGACGGAACACGGUUGUUGCCCUGAUCCUCUCCAAGGUGGCGGACCCCACGGCCCCUCCACUGCUCUGGGAUCAGACAGCCUCUGAGAGCCCGGCGCCCUCUGUGUCUGAGAGCCUGCUUUCCGGGGCAGGGCGGUGCCUCUGUGGACGCGUGCUCUGCGGAGGGAGGAGGCCCAGGGCAGUGAGGCUGCCGCAGGACCACCUACUGGCCGUCGGUGCAGCCGGCUAUGUCCUGGGGCCUCACGCCCCCCGGACCUCCACCCUGGAUGCAGACUCUGGAUUCCGGGCCUUCUCUCCCUGCUGA